UUGAUAAGUAAUCUGGCGAGCAUGUGAAGUGGUAUAUAAAAAGUGGAAGACGCGAAGCAGAGCAGUUUAGUCGUCAAUUUCCAUAUAUUGGCUACAACCGCAAAAUUGUUUGAUUUAUCAGAUCGCUACAAUAGCACGUAGGUUUUUUCAAAAAAUGGCUUCAGUAAUUCCGGCCGUUACGAAAAUAUCACCAAGAGUAAUAAGAGUGUUGGGCUGUAAUCCAGGCGUAAUGACUUUACAAGGAACCAACACUUAUAUUGUUGGUACUGGAAAAAGGAGAAUUUUAAUAGACACAGGUGAUUCUGAUGUACCGCAAUAUAUCAACCACUUAAGAAACGUUCUGGAACAAGAAAAUGUAGAUUUGGCUCAUAUUUUCUUGACUCAUUGGCAUCAUGAUCAUGUUGGCGGGCUUGAGGAUAUCUUAGAACAAUUACCAGAACAAACUAAACAUUGUGAAAUUUGGAAGUUUCCUCUUCAUAAAGAUGAAAAAAUAUCAAACAAUUUCGAACAUUUGAAAGAUGGUCAUGAAAUCUCAGUAGAGGGGGCAACUUUACGUACCAUACAUACACCAGGACAUACAGAAGAUCAUGUCGCACUCCAUUUAUUAGAAGAAGAUGCCAUUUUUAGUGGGGACUGUAUCUUGGGAGAAGGCACGGCAGUGUUUGAAGAUCUUUAUGAUUAUAUGGAAUCCUUAAGAACUAUAUUAUAUGUCCAACCUCAUGUUAUCUAUCCUGGUCAUGGAAAUAUCAUAUAUGAUCCUUUGGAAAGAAUCCAGUAUUAUUUGAGUCACAGACAAGAAAGGGAGCAACAAAUAGUUAAUGUAUUAAAUAGUAAUCAGACGCAGUCUUUUAGUGAAUACGAUCUAGUAACUUUAAUAUAUAAGGGAUUAUCUUCGAAUUUAAUUAAAGCUGCUGAAGGCAAUGUAAAUCAUCAUUUAAAUAAACUACUCAAAGAAGAUAAAGUUAAGAUAGUAAAUAACAGGUGGCAAUUUAAAACUACAGCGAAAAUCAUGUAAUAAGUAUUGUUUUGUUCGUUAUUGUGAUAUUAAAUUAUAAUUAAGUAUUUAGUAUAAAUCUAAUAUUAGUAAGACUCGAGAGACUGCUCCAUAUGAUGUAUUUAAUGUUAAAAAAGUUAUUUUAAUACAUAUUAAUUUAUAAAUAAA